GAAUUUUAAGACAUUGUGGCGUUUGAGCUUGUUGAAAUUAUAUAAGGGCUGAAAGAUGUCUAACGCUAAAAGGAAAAUGGAGUUCAGCAUUGUCACCCCUUGAGAAUCCAGAUCCUGCUCCAAUGCUGGGAGAUGCCCAGCUGCAGCCAGCAGCGCCUCAGCUCCUGUGAUCCCGAAUCUCUUGCCUUCCAAAAUCCACAUCUCAAGUCUGAUCACUUUAUUCUGCCUGCCAGUACCACAAAUGGCUACCCAGAGAAAGCACUCUGUGAAAGAUUUCAACCCAUAUAUCACCUGCUGCAUCUGUAAAGGGUAUUUGAUCAAGCCAACUACCGUCACUGAGUGCCUCCAUACUUUCUGCAAGAGUUGUAUUGUGCAACACUUUGAAGACAGCAAUGAUUGCCCCAGAUGUGGCAAUCAAGUACAUGAGACCAAUCCAUUAGAAAUGUUACGGCUGGAUAAUACUUUAGAAGAAAUUAUAUUUAAGCUGGUUCCAGGACUUCGAGAGAAAGAAUUGCACCGUGAAGCUGAAUUCUGGAAGAAAAAUAAACCUAUAGAAAAUGGAGGAGAAGAAAAUGCAAAUUCUGAAAAUGCUAAAGAUGGUGAAAAUGGAGAUGAAAACCAAGAAGAUAAAGAUUAUCACAGGAGUGACCCACAGAUUGCUAUUUGUCUGGAUUGUUUACGUAACAAUGGGCAGUCUGGUGAUAAUGUUGUAAAAUGGGAGUAUGAGAACAGUGUGAGAUUAAACAUGCCUUAUCCAGCUUUAGAAAUUGAGAUCACAUUCAACUGA